AUGUCAACCAAAGAAAGACUGAAAUGUGCCAGAACGGUGGGAGAAGUUUUAUUCAUUUUAAAUAUGCCUCAAUAUUUACCACUUUUUGAGAAAGCUAAUAUUCUUCAAGCAUCAUCUUUAAGGUUAUUAAGAGAAGCUGAUCUGAAGUGUAUUGGUAUCGAUAAUUCUGGACGACAAAAACUUCUCAGGGCGAUCCGAUAUUUAUCAGAAAAUGUAUCGAUGAUCGUUAGUGAAAGGAUCCGACAAGGAAUACAUUGUGCGGUAAAUGUGGAAUCGAGACAUCCCCAAAUUAACGAGAAGUUCUGUUUGCAAAAGGCAGAGGAUGAACUAUUGCGGUGUAAAAUGGAAUUAAAUUUAAAACGAAAUGAAUUAGCACGAAUACAGAAGCAGGCUAAACUUAUUCAUGAGAUAUUUGAAAUGACAACUGAUAUAAGAGAGUAUGCUCAAAAAGUUCGAAAAAAUUGCAACGGAUGUGGCACUUUAUCCAUACAGCUAUUAGCUAUUGACCUGGAAACUUCACUAAAUAGCACCUUUCUGCCAAAUGCUAAUACAAAUCCAUCAAACCAAAAUGUACCUUCCUUAGCAGUUAUACGAAACGAAAAUUCAAAGUAUCCUAAUAUUCAGCAGUAUUUACCUGAAUUACCACUACAACCGCUGAAAAAGCACAACACUCGUCAUUAUCACUCAAAUGAAAUAGAUCCCGGUCCGUGGUAUGCGAAGAUUUUAAAAUCUACAACUAUUCAGCGCUACAAACAGCCUCCUGCUGUAAUUUAUUAUCAUCAACCAGUUGAUGAAGAAGAUGAGAGAUAUCGCGAAACAACAACAAUAUCACUAUCAACUCAAGCAACAUCACGACAUGAACAUCCAAGUUUUGUGGAUGGGCUUUUCUCGAAAUUUGGAAGAAACAAAACAUCGACACCUUCCAAACAGCCAUCAACAGUUAAACGAUUUUCAAAUAACGCACGACAUCAGUCAUUUGUUCACUAUUCACGCCAAAAUAGCCGAUAUGAGUCCGAAGAAGAAAUAUUUAUUGAAUUGAAAGAAAAAACCGCUCGAUUUAACUAUGUCGCGGAGAUAGCAGGAGACGCCAUCUCCGUUGUGUAA